ACACCAUCUCGAUCUCCCUCCUGCCCAUGAUGUAAUCCCCCUAUGACGGCAUAGAAUCCCACCUUCGACGUCAACUUGCAAUCAUUGUUUUCCACUUCUCGUACUUAACCUCUCACUCUUCCUCAUCUGAGACCAUUCCACAUUCAAACAAACUCUUCAACAAUAACUCAAUCCCGAACCUCUUCACAUACCAAAAAUCACAGCAAUCAUGCCUGAGGGACGUCAAUCACCAGCUCCUGAGCAGCAGAGCGGUCGCCAGCAGCAGGAUCCACCUGCCUCUGGUCACGGCAUCAACAAGACUGAUGACAAGGACCCUAAGAGCCAGCUUGAGGCAAGAAAACCGCCAAUUCCAGUUUUCGAACAUGAUGCUAACUAUCUGCAGAACCUCUCAUCGAACCCCAAGGGUCUCACCGACGAUAUUGUGGAUGAGAAGUUCUCCAAGACCGAGAAGAAAUAGUCAUUCAAGCCAAAAGAAUAAGCUCGAUGGAACAGUUCUAACAUGGGAAUAGAACAAACGAUACCACGAUGGUUAUGAAUUGAUGGACAAGGGAAUGCAUAGAACUAAUAAACCACGACUGAAAUAGUCGCUUCAUUUAAA